AUGAUAAAGUCCUCGUCUCUCUUCGUCGCCGUUGUUAUCUUCUUCCUCGCCGCCACAUCGGUCGCCUCUGCCUCGCAGCCGUCAGUGUACCGCGUGACGGACUACGGCGCCAGGGCGGACCCCAAAACAGACUCUACGAGCGCGUUAUCCGAUGCAUGGAGGAAAGCAUGCAGCGACCCGCGCCCGUCCGUCGUCUACGUGCCGCACGGAAGAUUUCACGUCCGAAACCUAGGGUUCGAAGGGCCGUGUAGGAGCAAGGACAUCUUGGUGCGCAUAGACGGAACCCUCGUGGCUCCGUCCGACUAUUCCGUCAUUGGGAACGCCAAGAACUGGAUUCUGUUUCACGACGUUGAUGGCGUUAGGAUCUCCGGCGGGAUACUUGACGGACAAGGAACCGGACUUUGGUCUUGCAAGCUCGACGGCCGUAAAGACUGCCCCACCGGCGCCAUGAAUUUGCAUAUCGCCAACUCAAAGAACGUGGAAAUCGAUGGUCUGACCUCCAUAAACAGCCAGAAGUUCCACAUCGCCGUCACCGGAUGCCAAAACGUGAACCUCCGCGACAUCACCGUCGCCGCCCUAGGAACCAGCCCCAACACAGACGGCAUCCACAUCGAGAAGUCCACCCUCGUCUCCGUCCUCAACUCCACCAUAUCCACGGGCGACGACUGCAUCUCCAUGGGCCCGGGGGCCCGCAACGUCUGGAUCGAGCGUGUGGCUUGUGGGCCGGGCCACGGCAUCAGCAUCGGGAGCUUGGGUUGGAAGUUUCAGGAGCCCGGUGUCCAGAACGUCACCGUCAAGAGAGUCCACUUCACACUUCACAGAGACGACUAA